AAAACCGUCUCAUUGGCACCAGUCGGCCUUGUGGGAGGAGGCGGAAAACGAGCUUCCUCUUACAUCCCUUUUCUAUCGGAGGGCGAAGGCGGCCUCGCGAUCUUCGCCUUUAAGGUCCAAGCGAGGUAGAGCGAAGCGGAGGUGCGGCUAUUCCGGGGCCUGGAGCCCCAGCGCAGAAGAACCGGUGCAGCCAGCAGAGGUAAGGCAGAGCUGUAAGGAAGACAAGAUGGACCUUGAUGUGCUAAACAUGUUCGUAAUAGCCGGAGGCACUCUGGCCAUCCCUAUUCUGGCAUUCGUAGCAUCCUUCCUCCUGUGGCCUUCAGCACUGAUUAAAAUAUAUUACUGGUAUUGGCGCCGGGCACUGGGCAUGCAAGUUAGAUAUGCCAACUGUGACGACUACCAGUUUUGCUAUUCCUACCGAGGGAGACCUGGACACAGGCCCUCCAUACUCAUGUUACAUGGAUUCUCGGCACACAAAGAUAUGUGGCUCUCUAUAGUCAAGUUCCUUCCGAAGCACUUGCACUUGAUUUGUGUUGAUAUGCCUGGCCAUGAGGGCACCACCCGAUCAUCCCUAGAUGACUACUCAAUUUAUGGGCAAGUGAAAAGAAUACACCAGUUUGUUGAAUGUAUCAAUCUGAACAGAAAACCCUUCCAUCUGGUAGGCACUUCAAUGGGUGGAAAUGUUGCAGGCGUUUAUGCUGCUCAGUACCCAGCAGACAUCUGCAGUUUAAGCCUUGUGUGCCCUGCAGGAUUACAGGCUUCCAAAGCUAGCAAAUUUGUUAAGCAGCUACAGGAGCUGGAAGAGUCUGAGAGCAUGGACAGGAUUCCAUUAAUUCCAUCCACCCCUGAGGAAAUGGCAGACAUGUUAAAGCUCUGCUCUUAUGUUCGCUUCAAAGUCCCCCAGCAGAUCUUGCAGGGACUCGUUGAUGUGCGCAUACCACAUAAUGAAUUUUACCGUAAAUUAUUUUUAGAGAUUGCAGAUGAAAAGUCAAGAAACUCUCUUUAUGAAAACAUGAACAAGAUCAAAGCCCCAACACAGAUCAUCUGGGGAAAGCAAGAUCAGGUGCUGGAUGUUUCAGGAGCAGAUAUUUUAGCAAAAUCAAUUCCUGACUGUCAAGUACACAUUUUGGAAAACUGUGGACACACUGUAGUCGUGGAGCGGCCCAGGAAAACAGCAAAGCUCCUCUUGGAGUUCUUAGCUACUGUCCAGAAUGCAGAAAACAAUAAGAAACUGGCUUGAACUUUCAUUGUCAAUUGAACCCUUAAGCUAGAUGUUUCGGUUGUGAUGAAAUUCUCAGGGAUCUUGUACAGAACUUGGUGACCGUGCCAAAAUCCCUGAAGAAAUCUGAAAAUUUGAUCUAUUAAUUUGUAGUUCCGCCAGUGCAGUGACUGAAAGGACACUGAAUAAAGUUCAGGAUAUGGUUGCUCAUGGUAAAGUCCAGUAAAGUUCCACAAUAUUUGGGAAGUAGUAGAAGACCUAUCAUAUCUGUGGUACUAUACAUUUAUUUUUCUUUUGGGACUAUCCCAUUUAUUUUUAUAACAUUUUCACAAAUUUUAAAACUAGAUAUCCAAGUUGGGAUUGGAUUCUGUGUUAAUUAGAUAGCCUGAAGAUAUACAGAUCCACUUUUUUAUCUUACACAGUUGAUAAUUUUCAUCCUUUGCAAUGACCUGGUAUAUUGUAAAGCCUGGAUGAGUGGAAGAAGAUGGGCAGUUCUUGUGGUGGCUUCCUGAUUUCAACCAAUCUUCUUGCAAUGUUAUGGUGCAAUUCCAAACAGAAUUUGUACCCCUAUAUGUCCAUUGAUUUCUAUGAACUUAGAAGGGUGUAACUCUGCUUAGGGUGACAUUAUGCCUACCUUAUCCUAAGCAGCUUUGCUCAUAACUAAGUACCACUGAUUUCAGUGGGCCUUACUUCCAACUAAAAUGUGUAGAGGACUACAGACUGAGUUACCUGAGGAAAAAAAUGUAUUUCCUGCUUAUCUACUGGACUUUACCCAUAGAGUACAUGUCAUAUAAUUAUUUAUAUAAUAUAUAAACUAGAAUAUGACCUGAAAUCAGAAAAUUCUAUAUCAUGGAAUGUACUGGCCAAUCCUUAUGUUUAUAUGCAGCUCUGUUAUGUGAUCUAGCAUAAUAUCUGGCUAAUUGGAACGUAGAUGUCAAUGACAUUCAUUUAAAAUAUAUAGGAAACACAGUAAAGAGGAAAACUUCAUAGAUGGAGAGCCUCAGAGGUAUCCUGCCUCAGUAUAUAUGGCUUUGCAUGAUAAGCAGCUCUUACAGAAGAUUCUGGCGAUCAAAAUGUUUGCAGAAGUGCCGUUUUUGUAGCUCAUUAAUUUAUUAUUUUGUCAGAGAAUGAAGGUGACAUACAAGAUGUUAAUGGAAUAAAAGUUUCAUGGACUGUGCAGCUCUAUACUGUUUACACUAAUUUAUUAUGGAUGAGUUUUUCUGUCCCUUGAUGACUCCUUUGUUAUGUAUGUACUGCCUUAAUUGUCAGCAAUGCUGAAAUAAUGGUAUCAUCUGGCUUUGCUUUCAUUAUAAGUAUGUUCUUAUAAGCCUGUGGUUGUGAUAUCCAAACAACUCUGGAAAUAACUGGUCUAGGAAUUCAAGCUUUUAAGGGGCAAUUCAUUGCUAUAGAAUUCAUGUGCACACACACCAACCUGGUUUAGAUCUACUGAGGUCAAGUGAACUAACUGCACCUGUAUUUAUGUGAUUAGCAAAUCGUUCCCUAAGUAAAGCGAUCUUUCUGUACAGUUAAUAAACCAUGGAGCCAUUUUGGAGCCAAUCCUGGAGCCAUUUUUUCCAUCUAGGUGGGAUCGGAUCCAAGCAAUAACUACUGUAGACACACAAGUGAUCAAAUUCAGGUGCAAGUGGGAGUGAGCUGUUUUCUCAGCUCUUUUCUUAAUUACAUGGUCCAUUGAGUGUUUUGAUGUAAAUACCUGAGUUAUUGUAAUGAAUUCUAUGAAUUCUGUGAAUGGUUAAAUAAUUGGGAGUGGGGAUGAAUAAUGGAUGAAAUAUGUAACAAUAAAAUAUAAUUAGAGUGUUCUAAAGGCUUGUCUGCUUACCAAACUCUUACAGUGUGAAUUAUUUAUCAGAUGCUGUAUAAGCUUCAACAGAUUGCAUUUUAAAAAAGUAUAUAGGGACAGAGCAUACCAAAAAUGGUAGUCUUUUCUUUUUCCGGUUAUUUGUACUAGUAUCUGGCAGCACGUUGUAGCUGAAUGAUAGUCUGUAUUAAAACCAGAAAACUAAGCUUGUUGCAUAACCAUGAUUUUUUUUAACAUAUGGGGAAGGUUUUUGAAAAUCUAAUUCCCCUCUUACAAAAUGUGCAGCAAGCUUCAUUGCUAAUUUUCAUACAAAUUUAUUUCAGUAUGUGCACUUAGGAUAAAAAACCCUCAUUACACACAUACUCCAAAACAGUCCUAGUAAAUUGGUGGGUCCACUUGAGAAUUAAUGGAUUAAGAUUGCAACCACAAAAGAAUUUAUUGCAGCACUUGAUGGCAAAUGCCUUCUUUGGUUCUUGUUCUUGCUUUUACUGGGAGCCACUGAGUAUAUAGGCUAAUACGCCACUAUGUCACUAUACAUCUAGUUAUAGGUUUUGCAUUUGGAUUCUGAAGUCUCAUUAUAUUAUAAUCUGCAUGGUUUUACUGUACAUUUCUUUGAAUUUAUGGCUGCCAUAUGACUUUUAAUGUGGUACAUAAAGUCCCCAUGUUUAGAAUUGUUAUUAUUUAUUAAAAUAUGUGUCCAUCUUUAAUUUGAGAAGAUCAGGAAACUGCUCUUUAUUUGAUCAUUGUUUCUGCUACAGGUGUAGGAACAUACAAAAAGGCUGGUUAUCUUAAUGCAUAUAAAACUGGAAGAGACAGAGAAAGUAAAGAGCUACAUGUUUUCUCAUGGUGUUCAGAUUUUAGUGAUCUGUCAUAUGCAAAAGGAUUUGAUUAAAAUGUAAUUGAAAGAAAA